AUGAAGCUUAACCCCACAAAAUGCACCUUUGCAGUCCCAUCCGGUGAGUGUCUGGGAUACAUCGUCACAGAAAGAGGAAUUGAGGCAAACCCGAGGCAGAUCAACACUUUCUUGUCUAUGAGUUCUCCUAGGACUUUACGCGAAGUACAACGUCUUAACGGACGGAUCGCAGCCCUCAACCGCUUCAUUGAUCGAUCUACGGACAAGUGCCUCCCGUUCUACCGGUUGUUGAGGAAAGGGGGGAAGAACUUCCUUUGGGAUGCGAAUUGCGAAGAGGCUUUCUCUCAGCUGAAAGCUUAUCUAUCCGAACCGCCGGUCUUGGCUAAGCCCGAGCUCGGAGAGCCACUUUUCCUUUACGUAGCUGUCUCGGACAGUGCAGUAAGCGGAGUCUUGCUUCGGGAAGAAAGGGGGGAGCAGCGACCAAUUUUCUAUGUUAGUAAGUCGUUUACUGGGGCAGGGUCCAGAUAUCCUAUGAUGGAAAAAUUGGCCUUGGCGGUCGUUACUUCGGCAAGAAAACUGCGACCUUACUUUCAGUCCCAUACAAUCAUAAUCCUAACGACGCAACCACUUCGGACGGUGUUGCAUAGUCCGAGCCAGUCUGGGAGAUUAGCUAAAUGGUCUGUCGAUUUGAGUGAAUAUGAUAUCGAGUUCCGGACUCGAACCUGUGCUAAAGCGCAGGUGCUGGCAGAUUUCCUGAUCGAACUCCCACUAGCCUCUUCGGCCCGUGAAAAUGUUGAGGCCCCAUGGACAUUGUAUGUGGAUGGAGCAUCUUCCAGAUCGGGAGCAGGAAUAGGGGUCCGUCUCACUUCUCCUACUGGGGAAGUAAUCGAGCAGUCGUUCCGUUUGGCUUUUAGUGCGUCAAACAACGAAGCCGAAUAUGAGUCAUUCCUCGCUGGUUUGCGCCUCGCAGUAGGGAUUGGUGUCCGAAAACUCCGAGCUUUCUGCGAUUCGCAGCUGGUCACCAACCAGUUCUUGGGGGAGUAUGAGACAAAGGACGGUCGUAUGGAGGCUUAUUUGUCUGCAGCUCGGGAAUUAGUAACUAAGUUUGAGGAUUUUGAAAUCACUAAGAUCCCACGAAGUGAAAACUCUGCGGCAGACGCUUUAGCAGCUUUUGCGUCCACUUCGGAUCCCACAAUGACAAGAAUUAUCCCCGUCGAAGUCAUCGAGUUUCCAAGCAUCCGACUGGAGAGCUCGAACGUGGUCACUUGGGCAAUGAAAAAACAGUUGGCCGCUGAGGAGGCAGCUCUCAAGCAGGCUCCAGAACUCUUUGCCACAGGAGUAACCAAUUUCCGUCAUGCCUACUCCAAUGGAUAUACAUCCGUCUCUGGUCGAGCAAGACGCAAGUCAAACUCUGGAAUCACCAAGCUCGCCGGUUCACGACCAAGCUGUUAUCUCGCAUUCCACCUCGAGCAGUGCGAACACUAA